AGCAGACGGCUGCGUCGUCCUCUCUUUUCCUGCUUUCCUGCUUUCCUGCACUUCCUGUAAUCAAUUUUAUUGCAGAUGAGGGUCCAGUCCCUCACCCGGGCGCAAUCGCUUGCGGCGGCCUGCAUAAGAAAUAGUUCGAGACAAGCUGCACGAGCUCCCUCGAGAUACACUUUGUUGACAGCUGCGAUCCCACGCGCCAGAUAUAACAAUGGAUUGAUCACUGGUCUGAGACUGAAUAACGACAAGACGUAUGGUCAGAGAAGAUGGCAAUCUGGCGCCGCGGCUGCAGUGCUCGAGAAAGCUACCGCAGACCCUUCCACGCUCGCUCAAGAUAUAAUCAUCGAUAAUCUAGAUCCUCUCGAAGCGGCGCGAUUGUCGAAAGUCAGGAAUAUUGGCAUUGCGGCACACAUUGACUCCGGCAAAACGACGGCAACCGAACGCGUCCUCUUUUAUACUGGCCGCAUCAAUAGCAUCCACGAAGUGCGCGGCAAAGAUGCCGUCGGCGCAAAAAUGGACUCGAUGGAUCUCGAGCGUGAAAAGGGUAUUACUAUUCAAUCCGCGGCUACCUUUUGCGACUGGGUGAAGAAGGAAAACGGACAGGAGGAGAAGUACCACAUCAACCUAAUCGACACCCCAGGCCAUAUUGACUUCACAAUUGAGGUGGAGAGAGCGUUACGAGUGCUGGACGGUGCUGUCAUGAUAUUGUGUGCUGUUAGCGGCGUGCAGAGUCAGACCAUCACUGUUGAUAGGCAGAUGAGGAGGUACAAUGUCCCCAGGAUAUCUUUCGUUAACAAGAUGGAUCGAAUGGGCGCGAACCCUUGGAAGGCUGUAGAUCAAAUUAACCAGAAGCUGCGGAUACCGGCUGCAGCCAUUCAAGUGCCAAUCGGACGAGAGGACAGCUUCCAGGGGAUUGUAGAUCUUAUCAGGAUGAAGGCUAUCUACAAUGAAGGAUCUAAAGGAGAAAUUAUCGUGGAGAAGGAAGUUCCAGCAGACCUGGUCGACUUCGCGAAGGAGAAAAGACACAAACUGAUCGAGACUUUGGCGGAUGUCGACGAUGAAAUAGCGGACAUGUUCCUAGACGAACAAGAGCCGACGCAAGAGCAGAUCAAAGCGGCAAUCCGACGUGCCACUAUUGCUCUGAAGUUCACCCCGGUGGUGAUGGGCUCCGCGUUAGCUGAUAAGUCAGUCCAACCCAUGCUGGACGCCGUGUGCGAUUAUCUCCCCAAUCCCUCCGAAGUCGAGAAUCUGGCGCUUGAUAAGACACGAAAAGAGGCACCAGUCAAACUAGUGUCGUACAACUCGUUGCCGUUUGUGGGGCUGGCGUUUAAGCUCGAAGAGAGCAACUUUGGACAACUAACGUACAUCCGAGUCUACCAGGGAAGCUUGAGAAAAGGUAUGAAUGUCUUCAAUGCUCGCUCAGACAAGAAGAUCAAAAUUCCAAAAAUUGUCCGCAUGCACUCCAACGAAAUGGAGGAAGUACAGGAAAUUGGAGCUGGAGAAAUCUGCGCCGUAUUUGGUGUCGACUGUGCGUCUGGAGAUACCUUCACUGAUGGAUCUUUGGGAUACACCAUGACCUCCAUGUUCGUUCCUGAGCCUGUCAUCUCCCUCUCCAUCAAGCCGAAAAACAACAAAGACACGUCCAACUUUAGCAAAGCCAUGAAUCGCUUUCAACGUGAGGAUCCUACCUUCCGCGUCCAUGUGGACCCUGAAUCCCAAGAAACUGUCAUUUCGGGGAUGGGAGAACUGCACUUAGACAUUUAUGUCGAGCGCAUGCGACGAGAAUACCGUGUCGACUGUGAAACCGGCCAGCCGCAAGUCGCAUACCGAGAGACGAUUACCCAGCGCGUAAACUUCGACCAUACAUUGAAGAAACAAACAGGUGGAUCCGGAGACUUCGCCAGAGUUGUUGGGUGGAUGGAACCCAGUGAGUCGCUCACAGAAAACAUGUUCGAACAACAAAUCUCCGGCGGCACGAUUUCCGAGAAAUUCCUCUUUGCUUGUGAGAAGGGUUUUAUGGCCUCCUGCAAAAAUGGCCCUCUCCUCGGCCAUAAGGUGCUCGGCGCCUCCAUGGUAAUCAACGAUGGCGCUACCCAUGCUGUCGACUCCAGCGAAAUGUCCUUCAAGAACGCAACGCAACAAGCCUUCCGUAAGGCCUUUAUGGCUGGGCAUCCCCAAGUCCUCGAACCCCUCAUGAAAACCACCGUCACUGCACCCAAUGAAUUCCAAGGCAAUGUUGUCGGCUUGUUGAAUAAGCGUAAUGCGGUCAUCAAUGACACUGAAAUUGGCCCAGAGGAUUUCACAGUCUAUGCGGACUGCUCACUGAACAGCAUGUUUGGGUUCAGUAGUCAGUUGAGGGCGAGCACGCAGGGGAAAGGAGAGUUUAGCAUGGAGUUUAGUCAUUAUAGUCCAGCGCCACCGCAGCUGCAGAAGGAGCUUGUGGCGAAGUAUGAGAAGGAGCAGAAGGACAGGAAUGCGUAAGGAACGUGUAGUGCACUAGGCAGAAAGAGUGAUAUUGCUAGGUUCCUUUGGAUCUCAUGAUAGGUUUGCGUCGCAUUUAGCAAACGCACCCUAGGAUGCAUAUAGACGAUGGGAUGGUAUCUGGAUUGGAGCGAAUAUGGACUGUAAAAUAUUGUAGUUUGUGGUUUGUGCAUGGUGGUAUGUGGGGGGAAAUGGUAAAGGAAAUAGAUAUCCG